AUGAUGGUGUCAAGAGAAGCAGCAUCAGCUGACUUGCUAAUGAGAAAUUAUUUUGAAUUAAUACUUCUAAACUUGAAGGGAGGAAGAGAACUUGAGUAUUCAAAUAACUUAUUGUCUGUUAAAUCGAUUAUCCUCUCAGCAAAUAAUUUAGUUGGUGAAAUCCCUGAUGAGAUAAUGGAUCUCGUUGGGUUGCAAAUUUUGAACCUUUCAAUAAACCAUCUAAAUGGGAGGAUCCCCCAGAAGAUUGGCAAUUUGAAGCAACUUGAAACACUUGAUUUAUCGACGAAUGAACUCAACGGGGAAAUCCCUCCAAGCUUGUCUGGUUUAAACUCAUUAAGCUCCCUGAAUUUGUCAUACAAUAAGCUAUCAGGACCAAUACCAUCUGGAAAUCAACUUCAGACCUUGACUGAUCCAUCCAUCUAUGAGGGAAAUAUUGGACUCUGUGGGAAGCCACUCAAUAGCUGCCCUGCAGACGAAUUGCCGACAGAAAAUGGACCUAUUCUUGAUAGUAAAGGUCACAGCGAGUCUGAUUUUUCAUGGUUUUAUGCCGGUUUUGGACCGGGAUUCAGUGUUGAUGUCGUGGGAGUUUUUGGAAUCCUUCAAUUCAAGAAGUCUGACAGGAUAAUUGCACUCUCAUCCUCUUCAAGGUCGAUGUUAGUCUGGGAGAGCAAUUCUGACAUCGACAAUGGCUGUUGCUGUUGA